AUGGAUCAAGAAUCAGAAAUUUAAGAUAAAAAACGAAUUUUAUCACCUCUAUCAAGCUCACCGUAAGAAUCAUUUCAUUUUUUAGACAAAAGAGACAUAAUUAUUUCAAUUAUGUUCCUAAAUAGCAUAAUUAUUAUUAAAAAAAUAUAUAAUCCAUAACUGAUAAUAUAAGUAGAAUAUCAAAUCUCAACCAACCACAAAAAAUAAUUAAAAAUUAAAAUGAUGAUUUCUAAAUUCAACCAAAUACAAACCAGGGGAAAUUUUUAACUGAAGAUGAUUAACAAUUUUAUGAGCAUAUUUCUACUGAUUAAUCAAUAUAUGAGAAACUUUUAAUUAAUGAGAAUUUACUGUUUUAUUUCAACUCACAGUCUUAAUUUUAAGAAUGUUCAAAUACAAAAUAGUAUUAUAUAGCAAAUGGAAAAUUAUAUUUUACUGAAUUUGAUAAGGAUGGGAACCCAAAAUUUAAAAUUCAAGAAGGCCCAUUUAGGGUUUGCUUAAGUAAAAAAGAAUUCGUAUUAGAUGGCGAUGGAAAAGAGUUUUCUGGCAAAUCUAACCUUAUUAAAUUUUAAGGAUAAUUUGAAAAUGGCAUUUUUAAGGAUGAUGCAAGAAAUUAAAGAUCAAAAAGCGCCCCAAACAAAAAGAUUAAAAUAAUCGAUGUUUAAACAGGUUUAUAAGUAAAUAAUAACGAUUAACUUAACAAGUAUCAACACUAAUUCCUCUAAUGUGAAAGUUGGUGCAAAUAUAACUAAUAAAUUUCAAUAAAGGAUAUUUAGAUUCUAGAAAAUAAUCGACGAUUAACAAGCAGCAUUAUUGAUGCUUAUGUUUUGUACCUUAAUUUAGAAAGUGAAAAAGAUUAUUUUUCAAAGAAUAGAAAAAAUCGAUAAAAUAUCAACAGGAUCCUAUUUUUACCAACUACUCUGACUACUAAUUUUGGAAGAAAUUAUACUGAUUAACAUACAAAGAACAUCUAUGAAGCUGAAUUGCUAUAAUUUUAAGAUCUGAAUUAUGACUUAAAAAAAAUAUACACAUAUAUAGGUAUGCCUGUAAACAAGAAUAACUAUCAUUGGUAUUUUCUACUUUUUGAUUUAAAACAGAAUAGUUGUACUGUUUUUGACUCUUUAUAAAAGCCUACUAAUCAGAUGAACGUAGAUUAACAGUUAAUUCUUGCUCUUGAAAAGUUAUUAAAAAUAAAGCAACUUAAAAAGUAGUUCUCUAAUUUUUCUGGUUAGUAAACUGACGGUUAUUCUUGCGGAUAUCAUGUUUGCUAAUUCAUGAAUUAUUGCAAAACGAUAUAAUUUGAACCAAAAGUAAAUUAUGAUUUCAAAUUAAAUGAAAUUAAAAAAAAAUUGUUAACAAUUAUUAAAAAAUGA